AUGGCGGUUCCCUACCCUCAGCCUGCGUCGCCCACCUUGACCAACCCGGACAUGAUUCUGCCCGACUACGACGGCCCCGAUCCCUACGACAGCCGGCCGUCCACGGGCCCGUCGCUGUGGAACAGCGGCCACCAUAUCGAGGACGGCUUCCAGUUCGGCCAGGAAUUCCACGCCAACCCCGACCCUCUGUCUACGCGCAUCAUCUACGGCAAUGGGACCAUGCUUUCGGACAUUGGCGAGGUCACCGAGGUCGAGAGCGUCGUCGGGCCAGUGCCCUCCCGGCACGCCUCCAAGCGCUCAACCCACAGCUCGGGCGACGAGGGCCCCUUUCGAGCGUCGUCGCUGACGACGGGCAAGAAGUUCAUCCAGCAGCGCCUUCAGCAGCAGCGGCACCAACAGCACAGGCAUGGCGAGCGCAGGAUGUCGACCGAGUCCACCAGCACGGUCGGCACGCACGACGGCGGCGCAUUUGUCGACUUUGACGACGCUGCCAGCCAGGGAGGCGACAGCAUCUUCCAGGGCGACGACGAGGAAAGCGUGGCAUCUGCCUACGUUGAAGGAACGGCCGUCGCACACCACCUGCGCGCUUACGAUCCCAUGACCGUAAGGCGGUUGAGCGAUGACGGAGCUGCCCUUAGCCAGCGGGCAGAGCAAAUCUUGGCCAACGCCAAAGCGAGAUUAACUCACAUGGAGGACAAUCUCACACGAGCUAGGACCUUGAGCUACUCUUCUGUUUCGGAUACCUCGACCCCCUCACCAACCACGACGAGGGCUCCCACAUCCCUCCGCAGGUCGGGUAUCACGCCCUCUCCGACGAACCUCCCGAAAGCUACCAGGGAAAACGGAGCUGCCCACGGAGCCUCUUCUGGGGCGCAGCACUUGUCGGGCUAUCCCCAGCGCUCUGCGAGCGCCCUCGGUUCUGCCGGUGGCUAUCGGCGACCCUUGCCCACAUCUAGGAGUAUGGACGGUCUGGGCAGCGCGUCAGCCCAAGGCGCCCACGGUCACUUUCAGUACUAUCAGCUGGACCACAGUCUGGAGACUCUAGGCGAAAAUGGCAAUGCGGCCGGCAUUGACGGGAAACGGAACGGUUCACGGACAACGACCGUGGCGAGUCCCACGAGGGGUUUUUCCGACCUGGGACUGACCCGAUCCGCCUCGGCAUCGCAAAUGCGCGAUCUGCAAUAUCAACUAAAGGGUCUAAAGGGCAAGAUUUCGAGCUUGAAAGAACAAGCACGGGUGGAUAGCAUGAGGCGUCGCAGCCUUCAAAGCCUUCGCAUGCCGAGCCCUUUCACCAAUGCCACCUGGGACCCGAGCCAAGCAGAGUCUCAGGGCGCCAAUAGCAGCAGCGACGAGUACUCGUACGGCAACACUGAUACGAGCGAUAGUGACCAUGACCGGAAGCAAGUCGAGCAUGUGGCUGAAGAGGACUAUGAAGACGACCCCGAAGAAAGCGAGACUCCCAAGGGCCGGGCCCUGGGCAGCCCGCUGGAAACAAGCCAGCAGGCGGCAGUUCACGACGUUCGCAGCCCUUCACCGGUCGAGAGCGUUGCUACCGAGUACACCGAGGCCGAAUCGACCCCCCAGUCGCCCCGGGAUGGCUACGGCAGCGAAAGCGAAGAGUCGCUAUAUCACGAACCCGUCGAGGGUCCCAUCUCUCACGAGGAUCGCGAAGACGUCUUUGAUUACGAGCACUCGUUCCUCUACUCUUCCAUACCCGCGGCUGGGCGACACUUGCGCUCGGAAAGCGUGAGCUCGGCGAGCUCUGCGGAAACGGCUCGUGGCCCAACGCUGUCUCACAAGCGGAGCGCCAGUUCGGACUCGACCAGUUCUGUGGAUACGUUUGCCACGGCCAACGAAAGAAUCGUGAGUCGUAGCUCAACCGCAUUCGACCGAACUGUUGCCGCCAACCAGGGGGGGCACCAGCGGAGCAGCACGGCGUCAAUGGUUCGACCGGUGAGCAACGCCUCGAUCAAGAGCAUGCACCGACCCUCGAACUCGUCCUUUGACUCUGUGGGGACGAACCGGAGCUUUCCCCUCGUCAACAAGGCCAAGCUCAACGGCGGGAUCUUGACGCCUGGCGGCUCUCCUGAUCAGGUCAGCAAGCGACUUAGAGACUCGCUCUUGACGGAUGCCUCGAGCAUUUACUCGCAAAACAGUAGCAACGGCCGAGGCGGACAGUCGCCGGCGCUUCAGGUCCUGUCCAAGGACGUCCAGCAGACGGUAGAACGAGUGGUGGCCAGCUUGGGCAAGUGUGUGCUGGCGUUGGGGGAAGCGGACGGGACCCAUCCCGGGGGCCAUGAGCUGUACAAGCGGAGGAUCGAGGCAGCUCUGCGUGUUCUCGACGGAGAGGUUGAAAUUCCCUGA